UGCAGUACAAUGUAGCCUAAUCCGGCUAAUGUAACAAGUGUGAUAAAACCGUAUUUUCAAUAAUAUAAAGUGGCCAAAUGAAGUAACAUAUUAAAGACUUUAUUAACAUGCCUCACCUAAAAUGGCAUGUUGGCAACAUUCCUAACGGACCAAGCUUUGGAGUUUUCCGCCAACAGCACGGGGGUGGACCAGUGCGCAGGCCAAGAGGCGGGAGAACCAGACAUCGCCAGUUAACGUUUAACGGGUCAGUACUAAGGAAUCCGACACUGACCCACUACCGAUCUCAUAGGGAUGCCACUCCUGCUACUCGGGUGGUCGUUCCUGUAAACCUAAAUGCCGCUGAAUUCAGGCAGGCACUACGGGACAAUAUUGCAGACAUACCUUUGCAGUUCGAUCUAUGCAAAGUGAAUGGACAGCGGCUCAUUCUUCCUCUUGAAGAGGAGACGCCCCAAGAAAUUAGAGCAAGAAACCUACUGGGUCGCUCCAAUCUUUAUAUCCGUCCAAAGAUUACAGAAGCCAAUGACGACUCAACUGGUGAAGUGGUGCAGUCUGAAAUGGCAAUUGUGCUGCAUGACACAGAGACACCUGACCAUGGCAGGCACAAUGUACAGGAGCCAGAGGUUAUCAGUGGUCUGCAUGAAAACCAUACAGCUAAUUCUAGUAGGCCUGGUCUCCAGGAACCAGAGGUUAACAGGCAAGUGGUAGUUGAUGAAUAACAUGCCAAAACUGAAGUGUAAACUGUAACUUAUUGUCUAUUUACCUAUGGUGUGUG